GAUAGGGGACGGGGGAGGUUGGGCUGGUGGCCCUGUCUUCGGCACCUACACUGGCUCAUGUUGGGAGUAUAUGCAAAUAUAGGCAAUCAUGGGGCGUGUCCUGGCCAGUGGCCACGCCCCUCCUGUUUUGACCGCUUUGGACUCGAGUCCAGAAACGAGAGGUCGAGGUGAACCGGCAACGCAGGUUCGCCUCGGGUGGCGGGCCUACAAAUAGGAGAAUUGGGCAGAGAAAAGGGGUGCGUAACAGUGCCUUGGAAGCUUGCUGCUCUGAGCAGGUGGGAUCUCAGGAGCUUAACUUGUCUUCGCGGCGGGUUGUACUUUGAGAAAGCCUUUCAGGAAGAGGAGACAACUGUAAUGUGAAACUCUUGUAACAACCUGCUGCAGAGAGGAGGAUGAACCCCUUCUGCUGGUGGCGAGGCUAUGAUGGAGAUACGCUGUGGUGGCCUCUUGUUCAGCUCCAAGUUUGACUCGGGAAAUUUGGCACAUGUGGAGAAGGUGGAAUACCUAGAAGGGGAGGGCGACAGUGCUGGUAAUGGUGGCAGCACAGCUUCGAUGGUGUUUGGCUGCUCCCUUCCCAUUGCUGACUAUGAAUUCAACGUGUGGACCAAACCGGACUGCGCAGACACAGAAUUUGAAAAUGGAAACAGAUCUUGGUUUCAUUUUAGUGUGAAAGGGGGGAUGCCAGGCAAGAUGAUCAAGAUCCACAUUGUGAACAUGAACAAGCAGACCAAGCUCUACUCCCAAGGGAUGUCCCCCUUAGUCAAGACUGUGCCUAUCAGGCCCCGCUGGGAGCGCAUUCGUGAGCGGCCUGCCUUCGAGAUGGCGGAUACCCAGUUCGUCUUGUCCUUCGUGCAUCGCUUCCUGGACUGCCGAGGAGCCACCACCUACUUUGCCUUCUGCUAUCCCUUUUCCUACACGGAGUGCCAGGACAUGCUGGUGCAGCUGGAUGCUCACUUUGCAGAGUGCAAAUACCUCCCUCUCAGUAGUCUCCAGCAUUGUAGCGCAAGUAGUCGGAGGGCAGACACAGUCCCUAGAAAGGCUCAGGGGAAGCCACGCCCCAGUGCCCACAGAGCGAGAAAGUGCCCUAAAGGAGGACGUGCAAAGGGGAGAAAGGAGGAGGCCCAACCCAGGGACAUGCCGUAAGUGAUUGAUUUGCUGACCUCCCCAGACCCAGGCAAGCCCUCCAAGUGGGAGAUGGGGAGG